AAGCACACAUGCGUCUUAAUGGGAAGGCAACAAUUUUUUCUUUUCUUUAAAAACGUUAUAUUAAAGAGAGUAGUAAUGGAGAACGCAUAGCACUAUUUCUUAUGGGUUUAUCAGCCAUUGAUUAUUAACAUUUUACCAUUCCUCUCCCAAGUGGAUGCGGCACGUAUUGUUGUGUAAAAAUGGUUUUUGGGCAAAUGAGUCAUGAUGAAUUAAUGCCACAGAGCGGUGAGUAUAGAGUUUGUGUUAAAACGGACCACACCGCAUUCCAUCAGCAGCAGUAGCCAAGACAGGAAGUAUUUAAAAAUUUCAAAUCAGCAAAUUCUACUAAAAUGUUUGAUUUCAAUCUGGAAUUUGCUCGUGGUGGUGCUAAAGUGGCCACAGAACUCUUCGAACUACUUUCCGCUGGUGGAGUUAAGCAAAACAUUGUUUACUCACCUUUUUCUAUACAAACUUGUGCUGCACUGGCAUUUGCCGGGGCUAAUGGUGAGACCGCUGAUGAAAUAGCUGAAGGCUUCAAAUUCCCAUCUAACUUCCAACCCGAAGUGGCUUCAACUUUCGGUUUCGUUUGUGACAAAUACAAGGAUAGUGAAAUAUUGAAGAUAGCAAAUAAAGUUUAUGUUCAACAGGGACUCCAAUUAAAACAGCAGUAUGAGAAUGAUCUCAAAGAAUAUUACAAUGCCGAGACUGAAGCGAUAAAUUUUGAAGAAGGAGCAAAUACUGCUAAAGCUAUAAAUUCUUGGGUAGAAGAUAAAACUGCUGGAAAAAUUAAAGAUCUAGUUCAGGAAACCGCCUUCAAUGCUCUAACUCGAUUGGUACUUUUGAAUGCCUUACACUUUAAAGGUCUUUGGGAGCAUAAGUUCGAUGCAGAGCAAACUGCUGAAGAUGAUUUUUGGAUUUCUGAAAACGAGUCAGUAAAAGUAGAAUACAUGAAUCAGAAAGCGAAAUUUGGCUUUGCUUAUUUUGAAGAGCUUGACUGUCAAGCACUCGAGUUGCCUUACAAAGAUUCAGAUUUAUCGAUGUUGGUUUUGUUGCCUAGCGAACGGGAGGGACUGAAAUCGCUUGGUGAGAAACUAAAAUCUGUAAAUUUGUUGGAAUUAGCAGGCAAUCUCGAUAACAGCGAAGAAAUUGUAGUCAAACUGCCAAAAUUCAAGGUGGAGUUUGAAGUGGAACUAACGGAUACACUCAAGAAGCUCGGUAUUAGCAAAAUUUUUAAUGAUGACGCAGAUUUCAGCAACAUGCUAGAAUCACCCGAGGAACUUCGUGUGUCUAAUAUAUUCCAUAAGGCAGUGAUUGAGGUUAACGAAGAGGGCACUGAGGCUGCUGCAGCUACUGCUAUGAUUAUGAUGACUCGUUGUCUGCUCAUUCCAUUACAAUUUAUAGCCGAUCGCCCAUUCUUCUACACCAUUUGGAAUAAGAAAAAUAUUCUAUUCGCUGGUGCAUUUGUUAAUGCCCCAACAGUUUAAUUGGAUGAAACAAGUUUUCGAUAGCGAAAUGUUGCAAACGACUGUAAUUAAUUGUUUAAAAAUAAAUUUUUUUAACAUACUCAUUGUUUAAUCGAAUUCCUUGUUCUUUCUGCAAAGAUAUACAAAUAAUAGCGCAAAAUUGUUUACCCAAAUUUAUUUUUACUUUAAUGUUUAUGGUUUUUUUAUAUUUAAAUAUUUGGAAAUGCAAAAGAUGAGAAUACCUAAAACGUAUACAAAUAGGAAUGCAGUUACAUCCACAGUAGAAUGCCACAUGAAACAAUUAAAUUGGAAAAGUGUUAUUAAAUUAGCAAACUGGAAUUGUGACAUUAUACAGAGUACAUACAAUAACCAUAGGAUUAUAACAAAAAUGCCGUUAAAAUGCAUAAUAAAUGAAUAGUUACCAAAUAAACGCAAUGCUUAUUAAGGACUUAA